CCGCCCAUCCUGCCGUUUGCCUGCAGCAAGAUGGCGGCGGUGUCAAUGUCAGUGGCGCUGAGGCCGGCGUUGUUGGGGAGAAGGGCAGCGGCGGUAGUUGCCGUUUCCGUUUCCAGAGUUCCAACCAGGUUGUUUAGCACUUCCACAUGGAGGUUGGCACCAGACCAAACUCGAGAGAAGCAACUCAUAACAGUGGAUGAAAAAUUGGAUAUCACAACUUUAACCGGUGUUCCAGAGGAACAUAUCAAAACUAGAAAAGUCCGGAUUUUUGUUCCUGCUCGAAAUAACAUGCAGUCUGGAGUAAACAACACAAAGAAAUGGAAGAUGGAAUUUGAUACUAGGGAACGAUGGGAAAAUCCUUUGAUGGGCUGGGCAUCAACGGCCGAUCCUUUGUCCAACAUGGUUCUAACCUUCAGUGCUAAAGAAGAUGCGGUUGCCUUUGCAGAAAAAAAUGGAUGGAGCUAUGAUGUGGAGGAGAGGAAAGUUCCGAAGCCCAAGUCCAAGUCUUAUGGCGCAAACUUUUCUUGGAACAAAAGAACAAGAGUAUCCACAAAAUAGGUUGGCACUGACUAUAUCUCUGCUCUUGACCGUGAAUAAAGUCAGCUGUGCAGUAUUUAUAGUCCACAUAUAACACAUCUCCUAAUCUCCUAAUAAAUUUGACCUUUAAACUACAAA